GUUGUAUUCCCCCAUUUCGUUUUUUGUUGAGGCACAACGACCGACCUUUCCGUCUUCUGUUUUCUGUGUUCUGUGUUCUAUGUUUUGUGUGACUAAGAUGCGCCCCUAAUGAAUGUCCAUUUCAAGCACUAUAAUUGAGGGAAGCAUCUGAAUCUUUUUAGAUUUGUUGCCCCGAAGAUUCCCCCAAAAGCACCCGACGGGUUGGGCUGUCCAAGGUGUGGCAUAUAUGUCUAUGCUGCCGAACAAAUGCUGGCAAGAGGAAAGGGUUACCAUCGAAGGUGCUUCAAGUGCGUUCAGUGCAACAAGACUCUAGACUCGACUCUUCACUGUGAUGGUCCCGACAAGGACAUUUACUGUAGAGGAUGCUAUGCUCAGAAGUUUGGUGCUAGGGGUUAUGGGCACAUUGGCAUUUCGUCCUUGGGUCUGAUGUCCGAUAUCAGAGAUUGCGAAUGGCAAAGCGAUAUGGCACCCAAAGCCUCGGCCAUAAAUGUGGAGCAAAUUCAGGCGCCCAUUGGCGAAGGAUGUCCGCGAUGUGGUGGCGUUGUUUUUGCCGCCGAACAGGUCCUUUCGAAGGGUAGACCCUGGCACAGGAAGUGCUACAAGUGUCGCGACUGCACCAAAACACUGGACUCCAUCAUCGCGUGCGAUGGCCCGGACAACGAGGUGUACUGCAAAACUUGCUACGGCAAAAAGUGGGGACCCCAUGGUUACGGAUUCGCCUGUGGAUCCAGCUUCCUGCAAACCGAUGGCAUUACUGAGGAGAACUUAGAAUCCAUGCGACCAUUUGUGGCCCCGGAUACCACUUCGAUCAUGGCUCCGGACGGAGAGGGAUGUCCGCGAUGUGGCGGUGCAGUUUUUGCCGCCGAGCUGCAGUUGUCCAAGGGGAAAAUGUGGCAUCGAAAGUGCUUCAACUGCGCCAGGUGCCAUCGCCCACUGGACUCCGUGCUGGCCUGCGAUGGUCCGGAUGACAACAUCUACUGCAAACUCUGCUACGCCAAGAUGUACGGUCCCAAGGGAUUCGGAUACGGACACACUCCCACUCUGGUGUCCACCAACUACGAAUACACGCCAAGUUGUUGGGGAACCAUUGAUCGCAACGGACAAAAAUCGGAGAACGGAUGUCCGCGGUGCGGAUUCAUGGUCUUUGCGGCGGAGCAAAUGAAGAGCAAGAACAAUGUAUGGCACAAGUUGUGCUUCUACUGCUCGGAGUGCCGGAAGUAUCUGGACUCGACCAACUUGAACGACGGACCCGAUGGCAAUAUAUACUGCCGAUCGUGCUACGGCAAGUUCUACGGACCAAAGGGUGUUGGCUAUGGCAUCGGAGCUGGCACAUUGACAAUGGCUUAAAAAUUUCGACCAAAAAAGCGCCUUCAAGCACUGACCUCAAUAUGCUUUCAGCUCCAAAAAUUCAUAUAUGGGGGGCUACUAGUGCUUGAACGCCCAUAUUUUUGAGGCUGACACAAGAGUAUGUAUUGUAGUAUUGUAAUUCCACAAAAGAACAACAAACAAAAAUUGUAUUUAGCUCCAAACACAACGACAUUUAAUUGAGAAAGUAUAAAAGGCGAAUGAGUUAGUGGUUAAUGGAUUAGUGGAUUAGUUUAAGAGUUGUAUAUGCAUCGAAAAUAAGUAUCGAAAAAAGGCAUUCUGAGCUUCGAGUGAAACUUCAUGGUGUGUAACUAGCGAAAACGAAAUCAUCUCCCAAAUGUGUUUCUAUGUAUGGCAGUCGUAACAACAAACCGAUAUAUCCUAUGUACAUGUUUCGAACGACCAAUAAACGAUCAAAUGGUAAACUCUG